AUGGCCACACACAGCUGAUGGCAAGCGCGUUAGAACGCGCUGUUCUCUAGUCUGAGAUAUAAAGGACAAACUCAAAUCAUGUGGAAUACUUCAUAGCACAUCUGAGGCCAGUAAUCUUUCCGUGGACCUCAACAGACUGCUGAAUCAAAGCGGACUAUCUAUCAUGCAUCCGUUUGGCCGUGAAGAAGAGACCUCCAGACGCGAGCUCUUCGGCUUCUUCACGCGGUGUUUGACGCGCGGUGAGUGGGAGCUCGCGGCAGCCUGCGUGGGUCAGCUCGGCGAUGCGAGCGGAGAUGAUCCCCAUGGCCCACACAAUAUCGUUAAAGCCAUCGUUACCCACCCAUACCCCCUCAGAUGGGAAACAGUGGGCAGCCCUCACAGACUGGCCUGGUAUUGGCUUCAGAUUCUGGAAACACAGACUAAAAUAAAGGUGAGCGGGUCUGUGAAGAGAGAACUGGAGUUCAUGUUGCUUCUCGAGGAACUUGGAGAUGUGCCACUGUCUGUGCUUAAGGAGCUGCAUGAAGCCUUCCUGUACUCUCAGGAAGUAAAGGGAAACAUUCCAGGUGAUUGCACCACUCCACUGAGCGCUGCUGUUCUAUCCUGCCUCCGUUCUCUUUUAAUCCGCCAGCAGCCGCAGCUCUGCCACUCUCUCAUCAGCUUCCUUCAGCACUCAGGCCACUCCAGAGACCACACCUUACAGGAUGUCUUUAUCCAGCACCUCACUGAGCGAGUGAACGUGCCUGUGGAAGAGAGGAAUGAGAAAUGGGUGGAAGAGGUGUGUUCAGCGCUGGCCUUAGCACCAUGGGGGCCAGAGAGGUCAAAUGCUCAGCUAGAGACCCUGUGGAAGGGUUUGUGGUCAGCUAGAGAAGGGCCCAUGACAGAGGAGAGAAUUCUGGGAUGUCUGCUGAGGCCGCAGGGUCAGGGUCAGGGUCAGGGUCAGGCUCAGGCUCUGUUGACGUCGUACAGCUCCACAGCACUCAGGCUGCUCAAAGAGAAACUGCUGAGAGAGGCUCCACAAACACAGGAAAAAUGCUGA